AUGAUAGAAAGCAAUAUCCCAUCCAUGAUGUCAGGAAUCCUUAGGAGCGCAGGGCAAAACCACCACCCUCCACUGCAGGAGUACAGACUCGUGGCCUCCGACCCGUCCCAGCUGAGUGAAGAUGACCUCCCCAGCGACUUGCAGUCCUUGUCCUGGCUGACGUCCGUCGAUGCUCCCCGGCUGCCGCCCGUGGCCGUGGGCAGGAUGGAUUUCGGCCUCGGCGCCCCCAAUGCGAUGCUGCAACACACAGGUCCCGUGGUGAGCAACAUGCACUCGACAGCAGCAUCUGCAGCGAUGAUCCACGUCCAGGCCAGCCUGCCACAGGGAAUGCUGGGGCUGAAUCCUAUUUCCACACAUGGAGCAAAUAUGAGCCAGUACGCUGUAGGUGUGCAGCCCUCUCCAAGUCUGCAAACGCAGCAACAGCUCUUCCCUCCUCCUCAUUCACAGCAGGUGUUUGCCAUAGCACAGAGCUCACCACAGUGCAACCCUGCAGCGAUCUACAACGCGCCCUACGGCACCCAGCCGCACUACUCACAGCCCCGCCUGGCCCCUCACUCUGCCCAGGAGCUGCACCCCAAGCACUACCCCAAGCCCAUCUAUUCCUACAGUUGUUUGAUUGCAAUGGCACUGAAGAACAGCAAAACAGGCAGCCUGCCCGUGAGUGAGAUCUACAGCUUCAUGAAGGAGCACUUUCCCUACUUCAAGACAGCACCCGAUGGCUGGAAGAACUCAGUGCGCCACAACCUGUCCCUGAACAAGUGUUUUGAGAAGGUGGAGAACAAGCUGAGUGGCACCUCCCGCAAAGGGUGCCUGUGGGCCCUCAACCCUGCCAAGAUCGACAAGAUGGAAGAGGAGAUGCAGAAGUGGAAGCGAAAGGACAUAGCUGCUAUUCACAGAAGCAUGGCCAACCCAGAGGAGCUGGACAAGCUGAUCACGGACCGGCCGCAGAGCUGCCGCCGGGCCGACAAGCAGCCGGAGCCGGAGGCGUCUCCGCUGCGGCGCGUGGCCGGCGCCCGCGUGGCCGUGUCCCAGCUGCAGCCGCCCACCAUGACGCUGUCGCUGCAGUCGCUGCCGCUGCACCGCGCGCUGCAGCCGCAGGCCCGCAUGGCCCCGGACUCGCCGGCUCCAGCCCAAACGCCGCCUCUGCACACGCUGCCCGACAUGAGCCGCAGCCCUGGGCCCCAGCACCCGCUGGGCCGCGCGCCCCCCGACUUCCUGAGCGUGCCAGCGGACAUGAGCACCGAGGUGGACGCCCUCGACCCAAGCAUCAUGGAUUUCGCUCUGCAAGGUAACAUCUGGGAGGAAAUGAAAGACGACAGCUUCAGCCUGGACGCGCUGGGCGCCUUCAGCAACUCCCCGCUCCACUUCCCAGACUGCGAGCUGGGCGGCGGCGGCCUCGCGGGCGGCUCCGGCGACCGGCCCUGCUCGGACCUGCAGGUCACGGGGCUCUACACCACGUACGCGGCCCUGGACAACGUCGCCGCCGCGCCGUACAUGAGCACGCAGGGCUCCAAAGCCAUCGCGCUGCUCUAA